AUGGAAGAUAUCAACAUUGAACAACUUAUCUCGACACUUGUUAUUGCUCCUUCUAACGACAUACUUCGUGAAAUCUCAUCUUUUCUUAUUGGAACACAAAAUAAUGAUUUAGAUACCAUCAUUUCUAAUUUUUUUGAACCAUUAUUUUCCCUGGAACAUUGGGCAUGGGAAAUAUUAAGUAGAGAUUGUCGAUCGUGGAAUGAUGAUGAACAAGAAUAUUUUGACGUAUUUCAUAAUCUUGCAUCUUUCAAUGAAAGACUAAUUUUAAGUAAUCAUAUUCUCAACACAAAAGAAUCUUUUCUUCUUCCAGCAUCUAUUGAUAUUAUUGAUGGAGUAUUUGAACAAAUCAAAAAGCGAACAGACGAAAAUGAUCGUUUAUUGUUAAUGGUUUAUCAAUGGUUUGAUAAUCUUUCAUUAUUAAUUUAUGAACACACACAACUUACUUCUUUACAUAUAAUAAGUUAUAUCAAUCAACGUAUUAUGUCGGAUAUUAUCAUGAAUGAUCAAUUUAAAAUAUAUCUAAAUCAAUUAGAAUAUCCGAAUCCUUUAUUUACAACGAAGGAAAUUUUCUACAUAAAAAUAUGUCCUUGUUUGCUAAGUGAAUAUUUAUUUUCGAAACCUGGUAGUUUUCCUUACAAUGGUGAACAAAUUCUAGAAUAUCUUGCUCAUGACUAUACACAUAUUAUUCAUAUUCAUAGCGAUACAAUAGCAUCAUGGAGUAAAGAAUUACUUUCAUGUAUUACACAUUUGAUUGGUAUAAUUACUGCCUGUCUCUCUUGGAUUGGUCCUAAAUAUGAGAUUCUUGAAAUGUUUGCUAUUCCCGAAAAGUCUAUAAAUGACUUAAUUACGUCGUUAAUUAAAAUUCUUUGUUAUCGGCCGUUCCAUGAGCAAAUUCUUGAUCAGACAAGAAAUGAUGAAUCAAUGUUGAUCGAUAAUAUUCUCGGGUUAUUGAACUAUUUGAAAAAUUGUCAAGAUGUUAUGAAUUUUUUUCGUUCAGAAAAUAAAUUAAUGAAAGCACUUCUAAGACUGGAUCGUACGAACAAUGAUCGACUUAGUUUACAAUUGUAUAGUCUUCAAUAUGAAAUUCUUUCUGAAGAUCAAAUGAAAGAUUCUAAUGUUGCUAAUAACAUAAAAGAAAUUUUCUUUAAUUAUCUUCAACCAGCAUGGAAAAAUCCAUUACAAAAAUAUAAAAAUAUAUCCAUGAAAGAAUUAUUAGACGGUUUUUUGAAUUUAUCGAAAACUAAUAUGAAACAUCCAAUCAAUGGUUUAGAUGAGCUAAACUUUUUACUUAAAAUAUCUGAUACAUAUCCUAUUGUUUACGAUAUUUUAUGGUCUUUGUCAUUCGAUGCACGUAUUCAAGAUCACCUUCGUUUAAAUCAAGCAUUCAUGAAUAAAUUAGCAAAUAGUUCUAUAAAUGAACAAAUACAAAAUGCUAUUGAUGGAAUACGAUGGAAUUUAGAUUUUAAUAAAAUCAAAUUAAAUACUAAUGAUAAUGAAAAAAUAUUUGAUAUAAUUAUAAGUUACUCUGAAGAAGAUAGAUUAAUAUAUAAGCAAUUGCAUGAUGAACUUGUUCAGAAACCCUAUCGUGUAUGUGAGAGUUUUCAUCAGAAAAAUUCUAAUCUAAUAGAUACCAUGGUUAACAGCGUUGAACAAUCUCGUUUAGUAAUUAUUUGUAUGAGCAAAAGUUAUAAGCAAAAUAACUAUUGUCGAGCUGAAAUAGAAUAUGCUUAUAAUAAAAAAUUGAAAAUAAUUCCAAUUAUAAUCGAAAAUUAUUAUCAACCAAAUGGUUGGCUUUCAUUUCUUAUACACGGUUUAUCUCCAAUAGACUUUACAAAGCAUGACUUUCCUAACGCAAUGCAAAUCCUAUUAGAUAAAUUAGAUAUUCCACAUACAAGUGUUCUUAGUACUCUUGUUAUACGUCGACAACCACAGUAUAUGACCAAUUCUUUAUCAAACACACGUUCAACAGAUAUUUAUCAAUGGACACAAAAUGAUGUUAAACAAUGGUUAAUUGACAACAAUCUUUCACAAAUGGGAAAUGUUUUAUCAGGCUACAAAGGUUCAGACUUGAUUCGUUUGAGUAAUAUAUCAAAGCACUCACCACAAAAAAAUCUUGAAUUAUUGCAAGAAGAUUCAUUAAGACGGACAGGAAGAAAUGUAUCGUUAACUGAAGUAACACGACUAAUUGGUCUCAUCGAAGAACAAGUUCAAAGGUCUGUAAAACCAACAAGAUGGAAUCUAAAACUAUGUUGUCAAUUUUUUUCUACUUUUGGUUUUAAAUAA